ACACUACAUCAGUAGCAGAGGCACGUCACAAUCCUAGUAUAGGGGAAGAAAGUGUUGGAUUGACUGGAAGCCUAAGUGCAAGUGGUAGCCAUAUGGACAGAAUAGGAGCCAUUCGAGACAAUCUGAGUGAAACAGCCAGCACCAUGGCCUUGGCUGGAGCUAGCAUAACAGGAAGUCUGUCAGGAAGUGCAAUGGUCAACUGCUACAACCGGUUGGAAGUCCAAGCAGAUGUGCAGAAGGAAAGAUGCAGUUUGAGUGGCGAAUCUGGCACUGUCAGUUUAGGAACAGUGAGUGACAAUGCCAGCACCAAAGCAAUGGCUGGGUCCAUUAUAAAUUCAUAUGUUCCAUUGGACAGAGAUGGUAGCAGCAUGGAGGUACAAGUAGACAUUGAAUCAAAGCCUGCAAAAUUCAGACAC